CUGUGAAGGCAGCAUGUAGUCUUGAGAAUACUUGGUUUAGCUUCAGAGCGUAGACAGUCUGUCUGCUUAAGAUACUCCGUCUGUCUUAAGUCAAACGUUAUCAUGUUUUUCAUUUGCCUCACAGUCUAAUAGCUGUUAGUUAUCGUUUAUCUGGCGACGUUCAGUCGUAUAGCCAGGGGUGGGAGAUGACAACAGCCGCCAGUUGGUGUCCACAAAACGAGCAGUCACUAGGUAGAAGCAAAUCCCGGAACUUGAAACGGUAGGAAGCGAGCUAACAUUAGCUAGCUUUUUGUUGACAGUGUGCUUGCUGUCAAACCAGAAACCGACCUAAGCAGAAGUAACUGUAGUUAGCUUCCUGUUUUGGGACUUCAGCCUGCCGCGCUUUUAUUCGGACCGAAUUUCGUUUGAAGUUCCCGUCACUUUUAACCACUUGUGGAUCUAGAAGAUGGCAUCAAGAGGAGGCUUCACGGGUCCUCCGAUGAAUCCGACUAUGAGCCCCAUGAAUGUUGGACAUGCCGCGGGCAUGAGGAUGCCAGGAAUGCCACAGCCUCCGGUGGGAUAUCCCCGAAGCAUGAGCAGCGUUCCCCAGUACCCCCAGCGCCCCGGGAUGCCACCCAGCAGAGUCGGAGGCCCCAUGGGGUCAAUGGGGGGUCAGCUGCCUGGUCCCUCUUAUGGUAGCAGUAGCAUUCCCAUGCGGGCAGGCAUGGGACCCCCAAGCAUGGAUGUCUCAAGGAAACGGUUUCUUCACCAGCAGCACCACCAUCACCAACAACAGCAAGAGGCGCUGGGAGGCCUCAGACGAGGAGCAAAAAGGCGCAAGAUGGCCGACAAGGUUCUGCCACAGAGGAUCCGAGAUCUGGUCCCAGAGUCCCAGGCUUACAUGGACCUCCUGGCCUUUGAGAGGAAGUUGGACCAGACCAUCGCUCGAAAGCGUAUGGAGAUUCAGGAAGCCAUCAAGAAGCCCAUUAUGCAAAAGCGCAAGCUCAGGAUCUACAUUUCCAACACUUACACUCCCAGCAAGCCGAGGGUGAGGAGGCGAGAAGGUGUCCUCCUGGGAGCUGCGAGUCGAAGGCAAACUCCUGGAGGAACCUGGCAAGCAGAAGAGGAAGUUUUCAUCUUUCUUCAAAAGCCUGGUGAUUGAGCUUGAUAAGGAGCUCUAUGGGCCUGACAAUCACUUAGUAGAG